CCUAUCGACAGGUUAGAAAAAAUAUAACUUUUGCAUAAGAGUGAAGGGUUCUUCGCUUUGUUUUGUAACUAUUUAACGUUAACCGAUUGGCUCAAAAAGUGUAAAUAUUUAUCAACAGAAUAUCCCAUUCGCUAAAAUUUGUUUUAUAAAAUACCAAAAAUGGUAGCCACAUGGUGUUGUGUACCUCUUUGUAAUAACUUAGCGCACCCAAAAAAGGAUCACACGUUCUAUCCGUUCCCAAAAAACCCGCUCAUUCGAAAAAUUUGGAAAGACAGGACGCUUUAUCACAGUAAAUUGGAAGGAUGGGAAGCGGUUUGUUGUCUACACUUCAAGAAACAUUUUUUUAAAAAAUGUCAUAACACUCAAACGUAUCUGCUAAAAUUCGACGCAGUCCCCAGUCAGAAUUUGCCAAAACUCGGUGAACCCUUCACAUUUCCCUUCGCGCCUGCUACUUUUAAGUUAACUAAACAGGAUGCUGGCUUGCAUUAUUCAGUAUUGCUCAGAAAACUUCGAACAAUAGAGUCGACGGGCUCUUGCCCUUCAAGUCGACCAAAGCAUGUGAAAGCACAUAAUGUUUCAGAAAAGGAUUCAUAUUUGAGGGAUUAUGUCUUACAAGAGGCCUUUCCGAAUUUGAACCAUGAAGUGCUUUCGUCGUUAUUGAAGCGCUAUUCGGACCCAACACACAACGUUUCUAUUUUUCACAGUAAAGUGAACAAUUGCAUAACUUUGCGUUAUGCACCUUCUAAUCAAUCGGUAUCAGAUGUUGCAAUGAUAGAUUCGACUGAUGAUGGCCUGGCGGUAUUAGCAGCAGACGAAAACAAAAAACAGCGAGCGCGGACACGAGAUCUUGCCGACGAAUUAGACUUUACGGGUCAAACUAGUUUUUCGGGCAGUUUUCCAAAUAUUUACAGGGAUAACUUUUUUGAAUUUAAGCCAAGGCCUUACAAACAGGCUGAUAAACGGGAAUCCAUAGAUCUAUCGGCAACUCCAACCGCGUUCUUAUGUAAUAAAUGUUGCAAAUUGCUGCCAAGUAACAUGACCAAAACCCAUAAGGCGUUCUGUGAUUUUAGAUUGUACCAAUGCACAACAUGUUUUGCCGGUUUUCUUCUUGCAACAGACCUCGAAAAGCACAUUGAAAGUUUACACCCAAAAGCGCUUGACGAAAUGGCAGCUGUCGGCGCAUUUCAGUGUGGAAAAUGUAGUGCAACUUUUAUCGAGAUGAACGCAUUAAUUAAGCACAUCGAAACUCAUCAGCACAUUGACGAAAACUCGGUACUCGAGUGCGGCGUUUGCGGAGCAAUAUUCUUGUCUAUUAUUGAACUUCGUAAACAUUUUGCUGAAUUCCAUUUAACCAAACAUAGUUUAACAUUGAUUGGGCAACCGUCAUCACAACCAAACUCAGCUACCACUCAGACAAACGAUACGGAUAGUGUGACGAUCCCUUUUAAUUUUGGUUCAAACCAAGAAACCCUUCACAAGACACAGGAUUUGGCCAACCAUUUAAAGGAGUCACGCGGAAAUCAAACUCCAGCCGCUGUCGAAUCAUCCUCCGGUGGAAAAGUAAUGUUAUCUUCAUCGAUAACAUUAUCUGAAGCCGAUCUGGGAGGUCCUGAAGGAACGUACGAUAUUUUCUUGUGUAAGCAGUGUCCUGCGCGCUAUAGAACAUUCAAAGAUUUUUGCAUUCACUUCAAGGUGAGUGCACAUCAACUGGUUAAAUUGUGCACGUUUUGUGAAAUGGGCUUCACGGAUGAAGCAGACUACAAUGAACAUAUCAAUACGCAUGACUCCGAGCAAUUGUUUCGUUGCAAUCUUUGUGUACUUGAGGUAGAAAAUUUCGAAACACUUCAAAAACUUCACGACCAUCGCAUUAAAAUACACCCGGAAGCGUCUGAACCAGUUUUUUGUCUUUGUGAAAUAUGCCACAAAAUCGUUUAUAGACCUACAAUGGCUGAGCAUAUGGCAAUCCAUGUAGAAAAGGAGAAAACGAAAAUCACCAUAAGUACUGAACCUCAGAAAACGAGUCCUAUACAGCUCCCGCGCAAUGAAAAAAUUUUGUCGGACCGUAAAUGCAGGAUUUGCAAUAUGUGUAUGUCAAGAGAAAUGCUUCAAGAACACGAAAGCUCUGAGCAUCCAGAAAGCUAUUGUUAUAAUUGUGCAAUUUGCGAUGCUGGAUACUACAAACAACAUGAUUUGAAGCAACAUGUAGCUCAGAAACACAAACAGGCUGAAAUAAUUCAAAUUCUAGGACCACGGCUGUACCGAUUGGUAAAAGCAAAUAAAACAUUCUACUACGAGUGCAAGGCAUGCUUGGGAGAUUUUACCAAUGCAAGAUCCGCUGUAGGUCACAUCAAAGCUACGCAUUUUGCCAACAGUGGAAAAAAUAUACAAAAGUUCGUAAAAGUACAGAAAGCUGUCAAAGCGGAUUCCAGCAAUUCAGUGCCGUCAAAUCCGCACCAUUCCAAGAGACCAUGUCCGGUAUGUGGCCACUGGAUUCCCAAAAAGGAACAUCCUUCUCAUCUCCAGACUCAUCCGGAUGAAUUUCCGUUUGCUUGUGUUCUCUGUGACAGACAAUUUCGUAAUCAAAGCAAUCUCUCGGAACACAUUUCCAAAGAGCAUACUGAAGAAGAACGGUAUGACUUUAUCGCUAGUGAGCGUAACUAUUUGGUGUUCAAUAUAGCUGAUUUCAAAUAUUAUGAGUGUCGUUUGUGCCGGACGGAAUUCUUAACGAAGGAAGGUUGCCGAGUGCACAUGCGAUCGCACUCGCCAAACAUUGAUGCUUCAACAACGAUUGCAUUGAACUUGUAUGCGUUAUACUAUGAUCCAGAGACAGUCGAAAUGAAUAGUGAAUCUUCCCUGGACGUUGAUUAGAACUUCAUAAAAGUAUUUGAUUUUGAUUGAUGUUAAAGUUGUGUGCUGAUAAUUUGGG